AGAUGAUAUCAUGGGGUACUUAUGUCCCUUCCAUCUGGUGACAUUGUGUAGGUGUUCCAUGUGAUUUAUACUGACCCAUCCAUACUGGAAGAUCUAUGAAGGAACUUUUGUAGUGUCAGUGACAGGGGCGGACUGACAACUCAUGGGGCCCCCGGGCAAUAGGGAUUCAUGGGGCCCCUGUGUCCUUGCCCACACUCAAAGCACACCCAAAAAAGCCCAUAAAAGGUACCAGGGGCAUUUCAUGGGGCCCCCUACUGACCCUGGGCCCUCGGGCAGUGCCCGAAUU